GCUUGGGCUUGAAUGUCUUAACAUCCUGCAGAAUUUGUGAGAAAGUCAGAAAGCAAACAAUUUAGGAUCCAAACAGACAUGGACUCCCCUCCUGAAGAUGCACCAAGGCCUCAAAGCACAGUGAUAAUUUCAUCAAUCGCUGUGGUUAAUUUCCUUUGGUGGAUGGUUUUACUUGCAGCCAUUGGCUUUGGGGCCAUCCAUGUGAAAAGCUGUCCCGCUCAACCUUAUAUCCCCAUCUACAUGAUCGUUCUGGGGUCAGUCAGUCUGAUCUCUCUGACUCUGACCUACACCAAAAGUAUUUGGGUGGACGGUCCUGUCUUUAUGGUGGCCUCCACAUGCAUCAGUUUGCUCUAUCUCUUUGACUUCUGUUGGUUUAUUGCAGGCUCAGUGUGGGUCUACAGCAUCUAUCCACCCGACUACUCCAAUGAAUCGCCUCAUUUCUGCUUUAAACCUUUUUACAUCUUUGCGUUUGUCAUCACCACUCUGGUUUGGGCGACUUCAGGUUUAUUAUGUAUUUGUGGAGGUUGUUUCUUCGCAUGCUCCUGCUGCACUGCUGUGGAGGCAGGACGGAACUUGCUGCCGGCUCGCGUCAGUUUUUAUGGUACAACUGCAUCUAGUGAUUAUAAACCUAUCGUUGGUGAUGUGUAAAAAUGUGUACACAUAGAUUUGAAUUAAUGAUAUGCAUAUGAUAAUGAUAAUGCAUAUGAUAUUAUGUUGGUGUUUUUCCAUUUUAUUUCUUAAGUGCAUUGAUAACUGUUUAAAAAGUUAGUGAUGUAGGUCUCUCAAUAGGGCUUUUCUAUCUGUAGUAGUAGAUGUGAUUAGUAGAUGUGUAGAUUUUAUUUUCACGAAAUGCUAAACUGAUAUAGGUUUACUGAAGGGCCAUCUGAUAAUCUUGACACUGAUGCCUUAUUUGUAGACUAUGCACUUAUCUUUCUACUGAUUUUAUUAUUAUUAUGUGUGUGCCUACUUCAAUAAAUUUGGCUAUAGUAUUAUA